CGCUAAAUUGCAAUUUUGACCGAUUUCUCUCUGUUUCCAGGACGUGCGACACCCAGCGAAGCCGUACGGGGAUUGCGACACCAAGGAUGCUGUUAUAAGGUGUGUUGAGGAUUCUGCCAGCCGCCGCUGCCUCCGACAUGCCAGCAGCUUGUUGAGAAGAAACUACAAGUAACACUGUAUUUACGGCCGUAUUCAUCAAGUCUUGUCACAUCAACUUAACUUCUUGACGGGAAAAUGGAAUCUAAUGAAGCUCCAUUCUUGUGCGUCGUAUGUGAAAAAGACUUCAAAGGAAAUGAUGAACUCGAGGCUCAUCUCAGAACUCACGUUAAAGCAAAAUCGUUUGACUGUUCUGUGUGCUAUAGAAAAUGUUUGACAGCUGAUCAGCUCCGUGUUCAUUUUCGAACCCACACUGGAGAAAAGCCGUAUCAGUGCACCAUAUGCUCCAAGGCAUUUGCUCAAUGUGGAGUACUGCAAAGACAUGUCCUGACCCACACUGGCGAAAAACCGUUUGAGUGUGUGGUGUGCAACAAGAAAUUAUCUUCUAGUAGAAGUCUGCAAUCACAUCUCGGCACCCACACAGGAGAAAAGCCUUUUGAGUGUGCUCUGUGCAGUAAAAGAUUUGCUCGGGGUACCGGCUUGCGUUGUCACCUCCGAACCCACACAGGGGAGAAACCCUUUGAGUGUAGUGUGUGCAACAAAUUUUUUUCAGAUGGUGGGAAUCUACGUUCGCACCUGAGAACCCACUCACAUAAUGAGAGUGUCAAAUGCUCUGUUUGCAACAAGAAAUUUUCAACAGAAUAUAGUUUGCGUCAACAUCUCCGAACCCACAUAGGAGAGAAAAGCUAUGAGUGUAGUCUGUGCAACAAGAAAUUUUUAACAAGUGAUUAUUUGCGUAGACAUACCCUUAUCCACAUACAUGUGAAGCCUUUUGAGUGCACCCUGUGCUCCAAGAAUUUUGCCAGAAAAAUUUGUCUUCGAAAGCAUCUUCAAACCCACACUGGAGAAAGGCCGUUUAAAUGCAGCGUGUGUGAGAAGACUUUUACACAGAGAAGCAAUUUCCUCGUUCAUUUUCGAGCUGUGCAUUCGGGUGAAAAGCCUCAUAAAUGUACGGUGUGUAACAAGAAUUUUGCGAGGACUGAUGACUUGCAAAGGCAUCUGCAAACCCACACAGGCGAAAAGCCUUUCGAAUGCAACGUUUGCAGCAAGAAGUUUCCCAGAAUUUCUGCGCUGCGUGUCCAUCUCAGAACCCACACCGGAGUAAAGCCUUUUGAGUGCACCGUAUGUAACAAAACAUUUUCGCACAGUGGGGGUCUUCGUUCCCAUCUGCGAACCCACACCGGAGAACAACCUUACAAAUGUAACGUAUGUAACAAAGCAUUUUCGCACAGUAACGGUCUACGUUCCCAUCUGCGAACCCACACCGGAGAAAAACCUUACAAGUGUAACGUAUGUAACAAAGCAUUUUCGCAAGGUGAGGGCCUGCGGGUUCAUCUUCGAACUCACACCGGAGAAAAGCCUUACGAGUGUAACUUUUGUAGUAAAACCUUUGCACAGAGCGGUGUUCUUGAAAGACAUCUCCGAACCCACACAGGAGAGAAACCUUUUCAGUGCAGUGUCUGCCUCAAAUCUUUUGCCCAGGAUGGAGCGUUGCGAGUGCAUCUUCGAACUCACACUGGGGGAGAGAUCUUCGAGUGCUCCCAGUGCCCGAAAACGUUUAUGUCGAAGAAUGGUCUUCAUAGUCAUGUUCUUGUGAUUCAUAGGGAAGAAAAACCUUUCAAAUGUAGUUUAUGUGACAAAAAAUAUGCGAUUAAGCAUAAUUUGCGUCGUCAUUUCCAAACUCACACUAAAACUGGAGAGAAGCCUUACGAAUGCUCUGUUUGCAAAAGAAAAUUUGCGGCUAAGGGAAAUUUAACAACACAUUCCAGAACUCACACGAAUGAAAAGCCUUUUGAAUGCAACGUGUGCAUCAAGAAGUUUUCUAGAGCUGAACAUCUGCAACUUCACCUCAGAACACACACGGGAGAAAAGCCGUAUGAGUGUAAUAUUUGCAAAAAGACUUUUGCAAUUAAAGGUAAUAUGAUAAAACACUUCCGAGCACACUCCGGAGGAAAUAAGCGUUUUCACUGCACUCAGUGUGACAAAACAUUUUCGCAAGCUUCUGGACUGAAAAUACAUCUUAGAAAACACACAGGAGAAAAGCCUUUUACGUGCACUGUUUGUCACAAAAACUUUGCUCAAAGUAGUGCACUUAAAACACACUUGAGAACACACACUGGAGAAAAGCCCUUUGAGUGUACCCAUUGCGCUAAGCACUUUUCUACAAGUGGUAGUCUGGCGCUUCAUUUACGAACCCAUACUGGGGAAAAGCCUUUCCAGUGUACUAUGUGCCCACAGAAAUUUACCGGGAAAAGUGAAAUGCGGUUACAUAUCCGCACACACACCGGAGAAAAACCAUAUAAUUGUUCCGGAUGCAGCAAAACGUUUUCAUCGAAUUCUGGCUUGAAGUCUCAUUUGAAAACGCACACAGGCGAAAAGCCUCAUCAGUGUAAUCAGUGCGACAAGAAAUUUGCUACAAGUUUCCAACUGCGUCUUCAUUACCGUACCCAUACCGGAGAAAAGCCUUUUGAGUGUACUGUGUGCCACAAGAAAAGUGCUACUUCUGGAAACCUGCGCCUUCACCUCCGAACUCAUACAGGAGAAAAACCGUACAAGUGUACUGUGUGCGGCAAGACCUUCUCGCAAAGUGCAAGCAUGCUAAAGCACCUCCGUUUGCACAGUGCAACAUAAUCCUCGGACUGUACUGCUUGUUUUUGUCCGGAAUGCUCCAUCUAAUCAAGGAGACGUGUAUAAUCUUUUGUUUUGCUUCUUAUUUUAGUUCUAAACUGUACAUAUAUUGGUGUUGGAAGUUAUUCUGCUAUACGCCCUUUUGGAGUGAUGACUUUCAAUAAAAUAAUCAUUAAACAUUGUA